CUCCCACUUCCUUCGCCGCUGCCCUUCUUUUGCUCUUUCUCUCUCCGAGAUCUCUUCCGUUCUCUCGAUCCCUUGAUGCCCUAGUUUCUCAAUCGAGCUUCGUGCGCGGUUCCUCGGCGGUGUUGCGAAUUGGGGGUGCUCUAAUGCUUGGAUCUGUGUUCUGUGGAAAUCCCGAGGUGUUAUUGAUUUUGGAGCUCAUGGAGUGUGGAUCGGUUUGAUGAGUUUCAAUGGAUAGCGAUUGAAAGAUCAUAAGGAUCUUUGAGGUUUAAGAAUCUGUGACCAAUGAUGAUGCAGAAAACAAAUAUGUGUUUGGACUUCCUCUAGUCCAAGCAUUCUUUUUCUUCACCUGGUGUCCUUCAUGGGUUGAGAUGUGAGACGAAAUGAAUUUAUAUUUUAGAUAUUAUUUGAGAUGGAGGGGAUGCCAGGUGAUUCUGGACAAUCUGAACCGGGACCUUCUAAUUCUACGUGGUGGCCCUCAGAUUUUAUGGAAAAGUUACAGUCUAUCUCCUUGGACCCACAUGAAAGGAGUUCAAAUAUUAGACAAUCUGCAGACAAUGUUGGACAAAAGGAACUUUUAUCUUCAAGUGCUUCUCAGGUUUUGUGGGCCACUGGAGCUUUGUUAGAUCCGAUUCCAAAUGGAUUCUACUCCAUUAUUCCGGAUAAAAAAUUGAAAGAGCUCUUUGAGACAAUUCCAACUCUGGAGGACCUAUGUUCUCUUUGUAUGGAGAAGCUUAGGGCUGAUAUCAUUCUUGUAGAUGCAGAGAAGGAUAAGAAGCUCACUAUGCUCAAGCAUUUGAGUGCAGCGUUGGUGAAAGGAGCAAAUUCCAAUCCGGCUUCACUAAUAAAAAAACUUGCUGGUUUGGUUGCUGAUGUUUAUAAAAGGUCAAAUACAGAGCUAAGUCCUGCCAAAGCUGCUACUGAAGAAGGCUCACACUUGAUGGAACAUAAAGGCAUCCAACUAUUAGGUCAAAUAAGGCAUGGAUCCUGCCGGCCUCGAGCGAUUUUGUUCAAAGUUCUUGCAGAUUCUGUAGGACUUGAGAGCAAGCUUGUGGUGGGAAUCCCUAGUGAUGGUGCUGUUGAAUACACUGAUUCAUAUAAGCAUAUGUCUGUGGUUGUUGUGCUCAACUCUGUAGAACUACUGGUUGAUCUCAUGCGAUUUCCAGGACAGCUAAUUCCAUUCUCAGCCAAGGCGAUAUUUUUUUCACACUUCUCUGCAGCAGGGGAGAGCGAUUCUGCUGAGAAUGACUCCUGUGAUUCACCUCUUGAACCCAACAGCCCUUUAUGUGGUUUUUCUGAUAGACAAGAUGUUGAAUGUGGAGAGCAAGAUGAAAACCUACAAUCUUUGUGUCAGCGGAGAGCUGAUGCAUCAUCAAAUGUUUCUGGUCAUUCAUUGCGCAACAUCAUGUUGAGACCAACAACAUUUGUGGAGAGUAAACUUAGCUUAUCACAUAGUGAGCCCAACAUUGCGAAUGCUUUUUGGAGAAGUGGUAGGAGGAGAGCUGUUGCUGAACAACAACGAACUGCUAGUUCAAGCCCAGAACACCCUCUAUCACGAGCACGUGGGAGAUCUAUGCUUAGUGGUUAUAGACAAUCAUCAUUUAGAGAAUAUGCUGAUGGGGUGGCUGCAUCAAGGUCAGAUGGCGCUUCAACAUCUGAUGUUCGUAGGAUUCGAAGAAGAAGCAUCAGCAUCACACCUGAAAUUAGUGAUGAUAUUGUGAGGGCUGUUCGAGCAAUGAAUGAAACACUAAAGCGAAAUCGUCUCCUGCAGGAUGGAGGCGAAGAAGGUUCUAAUACAUACUUGAGAAAUGAAAUCAACAAUAUGCAGGGUUCACCCAAAAAUGAAUCAAGCUUUCCUAGUGGUGGCCAUCACAAGGAACCAACUGAUAUAUCUGGCGGUUAUAAUAGCUCAAGAAAGCAAAUAAAUUCUACUCAGAAAGCAAUAUCAUUACCUUCAUCCCCUCAUGAAUUCGGGGAUCCUACUGCAGAAAUAAGUGAAACUUCUUCUGACUUCUUAAGCACUGAUGUGUUGGUGUCAACAUGGAACAAAGUCUUGCAAUCUUCACCCUUUCUGAAUAAACCUCUAUUACCUUUCCAAGAAUGGAACAUUGAUUUCUCGGAGCUUACCGUUGGCACUCGUGUUGGGAUAGGGUUCUUUGGAGAAGUUUUCCGAGGUAUAUGGAAUGGCACAGAUGUGGCCAUCAAAGUUUUUCUGGAGCAAGAUCUGACAACCGAGAAUAUGGAAGAUUUCUGCAACGAAAUUUACAUAUUGAGCCGCCUACGACAUCCAAAUGUUAUCUUGUUCCUCGGUGCUUGCAUGAAGCCGCCUCACUUAUCAAUGGUCACUGAGUACAUGGAAAUGGGAUCCUUGUAUUAUCUAAUCCAUAUGAGUGGCCAGAAGAAAAAACUCAGCUGGAGGAAAAGAUUGAAAAUGCUUCGUGAUAUCUGCAGGGGGUUAAUGUGCAUACAUCGGAUGAAAAUAGUCCAUCGUGAUCUGAAAAGUGCCAAUUGUCUUGUGAAUAAACAUUGGACGGUAAAAAUUUGUGACUUUGGGCUCUCACGAGUAAUGACUGAUGCUCCCAUGAGUGAUAAUUCAUCUGCUGGCACCCCUGAAUGGAUGGCUCCAGAACUCAUUCGCAAUGAACCGUUCACAGAAAAAUGUGACAUUUUCAGCCUUGGAGUGAUAAUGUGGGAACUUUGUACUCUAAAUAGGCCAUGGGAAGGCGUGCCACCAGUCCAAGUUGUCUAUGCAGUUGCUAAUGAAGGAACCCGCUUGGAAAUUCCUGAAGGGCCUCUUGGCAAGUUGAUAUCAGACUGCUGGGCUGAGCCAAAUGAACGACCGAGUUGCCAAGAGAUUCUCACUCGCCUGGUUGAUUGUGAGUACACCAUUUGCUGAUUUGAUCUAUCUGGGUAUGUACAGCCGAAAUAGACCAUUCUCAAAAUUUAAGCUUUGCUUAAGUUGUACAUUAGCUAGCUCUUCCAUCAUAUGCCAAUGUUUGGUUUCAAAAUUCCAGUUCCUGUCAUCUUUUUUCUUUUCAAUAAUGAAAUUGUGUACUUAUUUCAUGCAAUUCGCAUAAUCCUGCAUAUACAGUUUUUCUUUUGAUUGUAAUUGAAAUUGUGAAUGUAUUGCAAGCAAGAAUUUGCGGACAUUUCAUUGGAUGUAUUCAAAUUAAUGGAGGUAUUUAUCUGUUCUGUUUUUGAGACAUAACAGGCCUCCUGAGAAUGGCCAGCUUUCCAUAUCAA